UAAUGCUUAACAUGGUUAAAACAUAUAAAUAAAUGAACAAACCUGAUGAUAAACAAAAUGUUAAAAAAUAUAGCAAUAUACAAUAUCCAGAAUGCAAUUUAGGAGGAAAUCAUAGUGGAGAAAUAUUGAGUUUAAUAUGUUUAGAGAAAGAGUGUUAAUAAAAUUAAAUAUUAUGUUGUUGUAUUUGUUAAGAGGAACUUCAUAAAGGACAUUAAUUAAAACCACUAAAACUUCUUUUAUGUGAAUAUGAUUAAAAAUAAAAGUAAUGUAAUUUCAAAAUAUUUAGAGAAUUUUAAAGUAUCACCUUAAAAUAAAGUGAAAAAGAUCUUCUUGUAAAUAAGAUUAAUGAAUAAGAAAUUAAAUCUUUAGAAUAAACUCAAGAUCUCUAGUAGUAAAUUGUUUAAAAAUUGAAUAAAAUUUAAGAUCAUUAAAAAUAAUUUUUUGAAAAUUUACGAAAAUUAGUGAAAUUAAGAGAAAUAGAUGAUGGAAAUACAAGUAAAUUAAAAAUAAUGAUAUUUUAAAGCUUUGGUAAUUGAAAAUAUUAUGAAUAAUUAAAAGAAUAGUUAAUAAUUUAGAAAAUUUGUAAAAGAGCUAUUAGAUGCAUUAAUAAUUUAAGAUUUACCAGAUUAAGAUCUAGGUUAUGAGGAAUUAAAUAAAGCAUUUGAUUUCCAUAUUUAAGAUUAAAGUGAUCAUAUAAAGUAACUAGAGAAAUAUAUGUUUACUGGUGUAUAAUAAUAGAUAGAAUUUCUAAUAUAAAAGACAUCAAAAUCUGUAUUCUAAUAGUCCUAUAAUUUUUAAUUUUUGCCUAAUAAUAAACAUCCAUAGGUAGAAAUAAUUGAAUAAAAAAUUGUUAAAGGUAUAUUGAUUAUAAAUAUAUAUAUUUUAAGCAAGUAAUUCUACUCAUGGUUACAAAUUUGCUGUUAUGAAUCCAAGCUUGGAUAAAAAUUAGGUUACAGUGUUUGGAUUCAAAUUGAAUGUAUAUAUAAUUUAAAUAAAAAGAAUGUUCAUACAAGUAAUUGGUUGGCUGUUGGAGCUUGUCAUUUAUCAAUUGUUUAGAGUAAAUAAUUUGGAUUUGCAUUUCAAUCAUUAGGACAUGGAGGAUAUUUAGUAUCAUCUAAUGGUGGUGCUUGGUCAAGUACAACUGCAAAUUAAAAUAAUGUUGUUAAGUGUUUCAAGUUUGGUAAAGGUGAUGUUGUAGUUUGUACUUAUGAUCCUAAAAAUGAAAUAAUGAUUUUUACAAAAUAGAAAGUAAAUUUUUUAUUUAUUUAUUUAUUUAGACUAAAACAACAUUCAAAUUAGAUAUACCAAAAUCAGAUAAUGAUCUAUUUCCUUGUGUUCUAUUUUAUUACGCCUUAGAUGAAGUUGAAUUCAUAUCAUCUGAUGCAAUAAAUAAAUUAUGA